GCCCCAGGCACCCGCUCCCCUGGGUCAUAGCGGUGCGAUGCCUCAGAAUCGCCUGUGGUGCUGAGCUGGGUCCCUCCUUGCCUCUGCGCCAGAGGAGCUGCUGUGGGUUUGGCCUCUCCUGUCGUGGCAGGCCAGGGCUGUGCUUGCGGCAGCCUUUGUCCUGGGAUGGGGGUUGUUUCAUUACAAAGUUUGGAAGAUUUGGCUGCGCUUGUUCUUUCUGCAGGGAAUGGCGCUGCCAUAGGGCUUAUGGGGUGAGGCAGAGCCUGCCCGGACUUUCCCCCGUGUUUAACCAGACCUGGGAGGGCUGAGGCUGGUGUCUGCUGCCAUCACCCAGCGCCCAACCCCCCCGGCAGCCCAGCGUGGGCACAGCGGGGCUGGCGGGGAAUACAGUUCUGGUGGGGGGAGCUUCUGUGUGAGUUGAGCUGUGAUUUAGCCCUAACACAAAUGUGGGGUGCACCCAGUGCCGCAGGGUCAGACCCCAGCUCCUGGGCUGCCGUAAUAGAACCGUACAACAGAAGAACUUGGUUUGGAAAAGACCUUUACGAUUGUCAUGCCCAACCAUAAUGCGAGGAGAGAGCAUGGGGGUGUCACUGAUGGCACAGGGUGACCCUGGCGGGCUCAGGAAGGGGACAGAUGCUGCCCACAGAGGGGCCGGGGGUGCCGCUGUCCUGCGGGGACUGGCAUCCUGCCCACGGGGCUUCUCCCCCCGCCCAGACUCUCCCUGCAAGUCACUCCUGGGCUCAGUCCUGGGUCCCUAAAGCUGCUGCUGCGGCGUUCCCGGGGCUGUGGUGCCGGGAGCCCCGGCUCUGGCCCGGUUCAGGGCCCCAUGGAAGGCAGUUUUACUUGAGGCCUGACCAGUUUCAAUUGUACGUGCUUCCUGGAAGUCAGACACCUGCGCCAGGUGCUAUGGCUGGGGUCACUGUGUGUGAUGUGGAGCAUGUUCUGUUCCUCAGCAUUGGAUACAAAAACCUGGUGUUUUCACACCAUUUUGGAGCCCGCAGCUGUUACAGGGCCUUUUGCCCCAAUUCCCUCAUCCUCCGUAGCCGCUGGGUGGUGGGCAGGACCAAGCUGGCACCACCGAGCUUUGGGGCAUCUUUGCCCCCUUCUCCAUUCCCCACGGGCGAUGGGGCAGGGUGGGGGACGUGCUGUUUCCCCCUUGCUGUGCUAUCAGUUGUGAGGCAGCUGCCGGCUGCCCGCUGGGACCUUAUGGGGCCGCAGGCUUCAGCACGCUGCCAGCGCCGUUCCCGGGUUUGCCGCUGUGUUUGUCUCACGUGUCACCCUGGUGCUCCAACCCUUGCUCUCUGCUGGUCUCCAGCGUUUCCACAGGUGACUCACUCAGACUGCGCAGGUUUGUUUCUAAAUCUCUGUGCCUGCAUUUUCCUCCUUUCCCUCAAAUGCCUUUUAAGCCCAAACUGGAAUGAAACUGGCAUUUUUGUGGCCAGGAUUUGGCCAGGGGCAGCCUGGGCGCAGUAGGGCUGUGAUGGGUGCCGCGGUCGAGGAAGGUUUGGGCGCUGAGCCUUGACUUGACGCCGAACCCCACGGGCACCCUCGUCACUCCCUGGCCGACCCAGCCCGGGAAGGUUUUGGGGUUUUUUCGGGACUGCUGCUGGUCUGGGCCAAACCCCGUGCCCUCCCGCUGCGGAGGGCGUCGCUCUCAGGGGGCACCCGCGCCCCUCCGCAGGCUGCGCCCCGCGGGAGGGGCGAUGCCGGGCACCAGGCCGCUGCAACGCACUGGGCAGCGCGGAGCUCUGGGAAGGUGACAGUGCCCGCUCUGGACUCUGCACAGCAAAGGGGACCCAGCAGGACCCCCCCAGCACAGGGCUGUGGCUCCAUCCCCAUCACCUCCUGGCUCAGGGGCUGCUGUGUCCUGGCUGCUGCCAGGAUUUAACACCAUCUGCUUGGGGGAUCGGGCCUGCAGAGGGAUUUAACUGAGCUGCAGAAGGGGGGCGGACUCGGGGCGUCCCUCCCCAUCCCUGCCUUUGGGUUUCUCCAGCCGCAGAGGAUUCCCCACUCCCACUGGAUGGAGGUACCUGCGGUGCUGCCACGGGAGCAGAUUCGGAGGACCCUGGGCCGUGCCGGAGCCCGCUGGUCCCCCCUGUGCUGAGCCCGCAGGGCCGGGCCUGGAUUAGCCAGCGCUAAGCUCCUUCCCGCAGACGCUCUGUCCUUGGGCGGCAGUGGGCGAGUGGUGCUGCCACCAGGCAUGGGGACCCGCUGUCCCCGUGAGCUGCCGGCACCGGGGAGCCUUUGCCAACCCUGAUGCCGCUUCUCCCCUGUGGCCCCUCACGUGGCAGCAGCUUUGGGGGCUCUGGGCCGGGGUGCGGGGGCAGCUGGCAAUGGCCAUGGCAGGGAGCACCCCCCUCCCCGGCAGCGGGGGGACCUGGGGGUCACGGCACUUGCUGCAGUCGCCCCCUGAGGAGGACGAGGUGCUGUAUGUGGACUACAAACCCCCUGCCCUGGACAGCAUCCGCCUGCCCCGCUAUGUGCUUUACCUUGUGAUGGCGGCCACCCUGGUGCUGGUGGUGGCGUACGCCAUUGUGGGGCACCUCAUCAAGGACCUGGUGCACGACUUCGCCGGUGAGUGCUGCCCAGAGCGGGGCUGAGCUUUGGGGCUCCUUAUGGGGCUGGGUGAGGGCAAGGGGGGGACCCCCAAACCCGGAGCCUUUGCCGCGACGGGGAUGUGCUGCUGAUGGCUCCGUCUCUGCUUGCACAGACUGGGCGUUCGGGCCCAAGCUGGAGGAGGAGAAGGCGGUGGUGGCCGAGGGGACCGUGCUGGAGGUGGAGUGGCUGGAGGAAGACUGGGUGCCGGCAGAGGGGAAGCCGGAGGGUGGAGGUGCUGGUGCCCUGCCCGGCAUGGACAUCCCGCCGGGGCUGCUCAGCACCGCCCCGCGCAGCUCCAUCUCCUUCGCCGAAUCCCACAAGAAGACGUUUUUCUAGGGCCAGGGGACCCCUGUGCUGCUGCCAGACCCCACAGCCGUGGCCAGCCGUCGGGUCACAGCAUGGCCCUGGGCCCAUUCCGGACACAGGGAUGACACUGCCCAGUGCUGGCAUGUGGCUUAGCCAUCCUCAGCACAGCCCCACACGCUUAUUUUGGGGCUGCCGUCGCUGCCCCCCAAUAAAGCUGCCUGCCACAGCCCUGCUCGCUCACCCUUUAGCCAGGUGUGGGCGUGGGAACGUGGCAGCUGGGGACACCCUGACCCUGCCUGGGGACAGCAGAGUCCCGCGGUGGAGCGGCACUGGCCUCCAGGCAUGGGGAGGGGUACAUGUUUGGGGGCACACGUGCGUACGUAAAGGUGGGUGCUCCGGGGUGCAGACCCCUGGCAGGUGGGCACAGCCUGGGUGUGGGCGCAGGGGGCACGGACACGGGUGCACACACACACACCCCUGCGGGGAGAUCCAUGUCAGCACACCCGUGUGCAGAUACACGGGGAGGGACGGACGGACGGACAGACGGACAGCUGUCUGUGUGCUGAAGCUGGAUUUGCCCCUGCCCGCUGGCCCCCUCAGUGCGCUGUGACCCCUCCCAUUGGGACAGAACCCAGUGGCACCCACAGCUGCCCCCAGAGCCCGUCCUGGGGGACAGAGCAUCCAUGAGCCCCACUUGGGCUCUGGGUGGGGAACCGGGGAUGGGAUAUGGGCAAUGUGGCUGGACCACCCCCACCACGUGCCUCUGGUGGGGACACUGUCCCCAUGUCCCCGGGCUCAUUCUCCACCCCUUGGGGAACCGCCAUGGGCAGGGUGGUCCUGACAAAGCCCACGGGCUCUCUCUGGGGUGCCCGCCACCCUAUGCCUCAGUUUCCCCUGUGCCCGGGUGGGUGGGGGCUGUGAGGUGAAGCGGAGCAGCUCACCCUUCCAAGGUCUCGCUGAUAACACCGUUAAUAUUUAUCUCUUCACCGUAUCCAGGCACUCCCUGGGCACGUGUUGGGUUCCUGCUGGCACCAGCCGUCACACCUGGGCCCCAGCUGGCCUGGCCUCGGCUGGGGUGGAGCCGGGGGGGCCUGGCGCUGUGCGCCCCUCAUGCUGCCCCAUCCCCACCGCGCGGCCGGGCCGGGGCCGUGUCUGUGGGGAUGGGACACUGGCCUGGAUCCGCCAGCGGGGACAGCGGUGCCCCAUGGGCAGACGGGAGAGACUGGGACAGGGCAGCAGGCAGGCUGGGCACUCCAUACAUCUGUCUGGCCUGCCACCCACACAUCUGUCUGUCCAUCCACCUACCCACCUGCUCAUCCAUCCGUCUGUCCCUCCAAACACCCACCUGCCCGUCCAUCUGCCCCCGCAUCCACUCACCCACCCGGGGCUGGUGGACCCAGCGCUGCCACUGCGGUCCCAAGGUGGUGGCUGUUGGCUGCCGCAGGGGCUGGUGGCUGAGCCAGGGGAGAGGUGCCACCUCCCCAGGGUUAUGGGAGCCAUGUUGCCAUGGAGCUUGGUGGCACUUGUCCUCUUGAGCCCAAUAAAAGCCGCCCGUUGGCCCUGGGUGCAGAGAGCGGUGCCCGCACUCUGCACCAGCAGCCGCGCAGGAGAGGAGCCCAGCUCAGGGUGCACGAUCCGGCCGUGCACCAGCUCCCUCUGCCAUCGCCGCCCAAAAAUGCCGAGGACCUUGCAGCCCCUCUCACUCCUGGUCCUGCUUGUCCUCGCCGCCCCCGUCCGUGGACAGGCCGUGACCGGCCCCAAGGUGCUGCAGCCCUGGCUUGUCGGCCUUACGGCCGUUGUUGUCUUCCUCUUCAUCGUCUUUGUGCUCCUGCUCGCCAACCGGCUCUGGCAGCUCAGGAUGCGCAGGAAGCAGAGCAGACUCCAGGAGACCCUGGGCACUGACAGCAGGCUGGAGCACGUCAGCCAUGUCAACCUGGCAGCCAAGAAGGACAGUGACGAGGAGAGCGAGGAGCAGAGCAAGGCCACGUCCUUCUGAAGGUGGUGGCCGCCCCCAGCCCACCCAGGGCGCAGCACUGGGGUUCCCUCAUCGGGCACUGCAGCUCAGCCCCGUCCACGGGGCGCGUAUCCAUGCCGGGUUUUGCAGGGCAGCCACAGGGCAGGAGGUGCUGUGGUGGACCUGGCUGCCUCCAAGACCAGGCGUGGAUUGAUCACACACUGGAGUGGAUCAGGAAGGGCGGUGGCUGGGGACAGGAGCAGGGCCCCCGCUGCACCUCCCAUGACGGGGCCAGCAGGGGGUCCUGCCCAUGGGGGUGGUGUGUGUCCCUGGCUGUACCCCAGUAAAGGUCCCCAGCCUGCCCUGUCAUCACGUGUCUGCUGUCACCCUGCUGGGCGUGGGGCUGUCCUGUGGCUCCCGUGGGGCUCCACACCCUCAGGAGGGGCCCCCAGUGCCACCCCCCUCCCUUGAGAGUGCUGGAUGAGGGGGCACCCAUGGGUGCCACUGGGGCAGGGGCCAAUGGUGGGCUUCUGGCAUGUGACAAGCUGCCAGGUCUCAGUGACCUGGACACAGCCAACAGCCUGUGUCUGGCCAUGUCACCCCCCCGGCACGCCCUGACCCAGGUGUUCCGCCCCACAUCCUGUGGUACUUGGGGACCAAUGGGUGUCACAGGGGACUGGGGGCUGCUGGGGGGAGCGUCCGGCCUUGGGACCCCCAGCUGUGCUGAGCAGCUCUUCAGGAUGGGGACGAUGGGGACGAUGGGGACGAUGGGGACUGCAGGGCUGGCGCCCAGGUUGGGCCCGUGAUGUCAUACGGGUGAGGGCAGUGAUGUCACAUGCAUGAGGUGGUGACAUCAUGCGGACAAGAUCUUGAUGCAGAGGAGGUGACGGCAGCGCCGCGUGCCCACGUGAGCCCAAGGCUGCACCCACUCGGGCCCCGUCCCUGCGUGUCCCCUCUGGCCCCUCCCUGGUCCCUGGCUCAGCACCCCCCCCAGGCCACGAGCACCCAUGGGUGGGCGGACCCCUCCAGGGUGAUGGCUGUGCUCCAGUACCCCCCCGGGC